AUGUACCGCCUUGAUGAGGUGUCAUCUAAUGAUGACUGGUAUGGGGAGGUGCAAGCUCUUGCUGCUGCCAACGGGCCUAUUGAUCAUGGACUAAAGAUUGGCAGUGCGCUCAGUUGGAAAUUCAGCAAAGAAGAGGUUGCCAACAUACUAAUGAGAAUUGAACGGCUUAAAUCACUCACCCAAAUCGCACUUGAGAUGGAUCAUUUCAAAUUGUCUCAAGCACUGAAGAUCGACACUACUGUUAUCACAAGUACAGUCAGGUCACUACAAGAGAGUCGGGCCAGCGAGCAAUUUCGCGUUAUUACGGACUGGCUAUCGUCGACUGAUUUCCCGGCUCAACAAUCCGACUUUAUCGGCAGAAGACAGGAAGAGACAGGCCAAUGGUUCGUCGUAUCACCUGAGUUCACCAACUGGCUUCACGGAAAGAAGCGGGAUCUAUUCUGCCCCGGCAUUCCUGGAGCUGGAAAGACAAUGAUUGCAGCAAUCGCCGUUGAUCAUAUAUGGAAAACCUUUCAAGGCGACAGUGUCGGUGUUGCCUACAUAUACUGCAAUUACAAAAGACGGGAAACGCAGACUACUAUAGAUCUAUUAGCUGCGAUUCUCAAGCAGCUAGUGCAGGAGCGUCCAUUAUAUGGAGAAUCACUUACAGCUCUACAUACGUUGCAUGUUAACCGGCGGACUCGUCCAUCACUUGAUGAGAUUUGCACUACACUUAACUCUGUUCUUAAAAAUUACUCUAAAGCGUAUAUCAUUAUCGAUGCUUUGGAUGAAUGCACAGACAGCGAUGGUACUCGCAGCAAACUGCUUACUGUACUCCGCAGCAGCCUACAGACCAAAACUGACACAAGGUUAAUGGUGACAUCCCGUUUCGUCUCUAGGAUUGAGCAAUCAUUUCAAGGAUCCCCAAUGUUGGAGAUCCGAGCCAGUGAGGCAGAUGUGAAACGAUUCGUUACCGGCCAGCUGCAUCGGUUGCCAAUGUGCGUCCAGCGCGAUCCUGAAUUACAGGCAGAAAUACAAGACGGGAUCGUUAUGGCAGUAACCGGCAUCUCUCAAAAAGCUCCCCAGACAGCACUAAAUGAAGCCUACGAUGACGCGAUCGAGAGAAUCGAAAGCCAAUUGCCAGAGGAAUCCGAACUAGCAAAGAACGUGCUUUCUUGGAUCACCUACGCUAUGAGACAACUUACUACUAAGGAGCUUUCUCAUGCCCUUGCUGUCGAGGCAGGCGAGUUAGAACUCGACCAAGACAAUAUUCCUGAUAUUGAAGACAUAGUCUCCGUUUGUGCGGGCCUAGUUGCGGUUGAUGAGGAAAGCGACGUCAUUCGAUUAGUUCACUACACUACGCAAGAAUACUUUGAGCGUGUGCGAGAAGCUUGGAAUUCUAAAGCUCAGGAAGAAAUCGUGUCGACAUGUCUAACUUACCUAUCCUUUCAAACCUUCAACACCGGCUGCUGCCACAAAGAUGCAGACUUCGAGAAUAGGAUUAGGCAGAACCCGUUCUUAGACUACUCUGCUCGAUACUGGGGAAGCCAUGCCCUUACCGUCCAGCAGACAACUGAAAAGCUAGCUCUACCAUUUCUCCGCAACAUGAAUCAAGUUUCAUGCUCAAUACAGGUUAUACAUAAUGCAGAUGGCUCUAGUGAAUCCUUUAUAAGAAAAAAUGUCACAGGUCUACACGCUACAGUACUCUUUGGAUUGACAUACUUGUUACAAGAGCUGAUGCAUAGCGACGGAAAUAAAAAUUGCAUACAUGCAGAUGCACGAGAUUCGAAUGGUCGGACACCGCUGUGGUGGGCAGCGAAUACAGGGAAUGAGGCAGUUGUAAAGCUGCUUGUUAAUAGGGAUGACGUUGUAGCUGACUCGAAAGACGAAUUGGGUCAGACGCCGCUAUCAAUAGCAGCAAGUAAUGGGCACGAUGCAGUUGUGAUACUACUUAUUAAGCGGGACGAUGUCGUUGUGGACUCAGUAGACUACAACAGAAGGUCACCACGAUUAUGGGCAGCACAUAAUGGGCAUGAGGCAGUUGUAAAGCUACUUGUUGAGCGCGACGAAGUUAUAGCUGACUUAAAGGACAAAUAUAGUCGGACACCGUUAUCGUGUGCAGCAAAAAAUGGGCAUGAGGCAGUUGUAAAGCUGCUUGUUAAUAGGGAUGACGUUAUAGCUGACUCGAAAGGCUUGUUGAGUCGGACGCCACUAGCAGAAGCAGCAAAAAAUGGGCACGAGGCAGUUGUAAAGCUGCUUCUUAAUAGGGAUGACGUUAUAGCCGACUCAAAGGACAAAUAUAGUCAGACACCGUUAUCGUCGGCAUCAGAAAAUGGGAAUGAGGCAGUUGUAAAGCUGCUUCUUGAGCGGGAUGACGUUGUAGCUGGCUCAAAGGACUACAGCGGUCGGACGCCACUAUCAUGGGCAGCAGAGGAAGGGUACGAGGCAAUAGCCAAGCUCCUUAUUGAGAGGGAUAACGUUGUUGCCGACUCGAAGGAUAACGAUGGUCGAACUCCGUUAUCGUGGGCAACAUCGCGAGAGGAGUGGCGUAGAUUGCGAGGGCGGGAGGCACUCGUAAAGCUACUCCUUCAGAGGGAUGACGUUAACGCCAACUCGAAGGAUAACAACGGCUGUACGCCGCUAUUAUGGGCAGCAGAUGAUGGGUACGAGGCAAUGGUAAGGCUCCUUAUUGAGAGGGAUGACGUUGACCCCAACUCGGAGGAUAACGAAGGCUACACGCCACUGUGGUGGGCAACGGAGAACGGGCACGAGGCAGUCGUGAAGCUGCUCAUCGACCGAAUAGCGAAGGAUAAGGAGGCAUAA